UGAGAGAAAUCUACUGAUAGUAAAAGAAGCGCAUUUCGGUAUUUUUCCGGUGUUCGGUGUUUUUUUCGUUCUGCUCUGUAAUUUACAUACACGCUGCAUAUUCACAUGAGCGUAAUAGCUGAGUUUGUCCUCCACUACAUCCACGCUGCGCAGCCUCCCUGCGCCAUGCGUCCUGUAGUGGUCCUUCCCCUCUCCCGUAGCCCAGCCCCCUUGAUCUCCUUCGUCCACUGGUAUGUUUGGGGUGUCUCGCUCUCUCUUUUCCAUAGGUAGUCAAUAAUGAGUGUCCAUUGGCUUUUAUUAGGCUUGCCCCCCUGCCUCCCUCCCUCCCACUGGCCUGCUUCGCCCAGCCCAUGUUUUCUAUGUCUCAGUCCGUCCACCUCCUGACGUUCAAGUUCGCAGGAACGUCACGUCCGCACUUGAACUUGCAGCUCAGAGGGGGGUUUCGCCGUAUACCCCCAUCACACUCUCUCUCUCUUUCUUUCUCUCCCUCUUUGGAGGAAAAAGUCAUGAAGAGCUCCACACAGCCCGUCGCGCGUUACGCAUCCCGCUCCGUCUGAUCCGCAGCUCUGCUUCUGCUUUUUGUCCCUCUUCUGCCUUCAUCCGGAUGACAGACGCAUCAAUGAAGAUUUUCUCAUUUGGAGUGUACCUCGUAGGGACGGAUUUCCCAAUGUGAACUCAGCUGAGAAGCCCCCGCCGAACCGACCAUGUCUCGCCGCAAGCAAGGCAAACCCCUGCACUUGAGCAAACGGGAGUUUUCGCCUGAGCCACCCUCAGGUGUUUUAGCCGAAGACGACUCUCAGGACUCCCCCAGGCUGGGUGUGGCUGACGACGAGCCCCUGAAAGGGGAUCCGGACCUGCUCACCUGCGGCCAGUGCCACACCCGCUUCCCCCUGGCCGACAUCCUGCUGUUCAUCGAGCACAAACGGAGGCAGUGCCACGGCAGCCUCUGCUUGGACAAACCUCUGGACAGGCCGCCAUCCUCGCCGCUUGCCUCGCCCCUCUCCACGUCCUCGUCUCACUCUCGAAGUCAGCAGCAGCAGCAGAACCACCCACGGAGAGCACGGCACCCGGUGGAGGUGGCCAUACAGGUGUCGUCUCUGGACGAGGAUUGUUUAUCUGCGCCCUUGCAAGGAAUAAUCCCCAAGCAGGAGAAUGUCACAGAUAAAGAUGAGCCCAGCAGUUACACCUGCACCACAUGCAAGCAGCCCUUCACCAGUGCCUGGUUCCUGCUCCAGCACGCCCAGAACACUCACGGCAUCCGCAUCUAUCUGGAGAGCGAACCUGGCAGUCCUCUCACCCCACGUGUAGCUGCCGCUCCUGGGAUGGGGGGUGACUGCGCCUCCUCUCAGCCGCCCCUCCACGCCGUGCACUUGGCUGACGGCAGCCCUUACAGCCUCUUAAGGAUGCCGGGAUCAGGGUCUGGCCGGGAUUCAGCAUCCACGCCGCGCGAGGGCCGUUACCCCCGCACCCCUCCGCUCUUCAGCCCACCGCCACGCCACCAUCUCAGCCCGGAUGAUCUUGCCCUGGCAACCCACCAUCCUAGCGCCUUCGACAGAGUGAUGAGGCUGAACUCAGUGCCAUUAGAACCCCCUCAGAGCAUGGACUUCUCUAGACGUCUGAGGGAGCUUGCUGGGAAUGCCACGGGGGGUUCUCCGCCUCUCUCCCCUAACAGACCUAACCCUAUGCAACGGCUGCUCCAGCCAUUCCAGCCAGGUUCUAAGCCUCCAUUUACAGCUACGCCUCCCCUAUCCACCUCUCAGUCCCCGUCUGGCUCACGCUCCACCCCCAAUCCUGUAUCAAAUGCAGUUCAGCCAGGCACUCCUCUCAAGGCAAAGUCUUGCGAGUUCUGCGGUAAGACCUUCAAGUUCCAGAGUAACCUUAUCGUUCACCGGAGAAGUCACACGGGGGAAAAGCCAUUCAAGUGUCACCUCUGCAACCACGCCUGCACACAGGCCAGCAAGCUAAAGCGUCACAUGAAGACGCACUGUCAGAACAAGUCGUCGGCGCUCAAUGCCAAGUCAGACGACGGCCUCUCGACUGCCAGUUCGCCUGAACCUGGUACAAGCGACAUACUGGGCAGUGCCACGGAUGCACUCAAGUCAGUGGUGGCCAAGUUCAAGACUGAGAACAACGGAAUUAUGCCUGAAAAUGAAGAGGAGGAGGAGGAGGAAGACGAAGAGGAGGAGGAAGACGAGGAAGAAGAGGAGGAGGAGGAAGAGGAGGAAGGCGAUGAGGAGGAAAUCGACAGCAAGGCUAGAGUUGAAGAGGGGGGAAGGAACAACUAUCGCUUCAGCCUGCGGCUGGAAGGGGCCCGCCACCACCAGAACAGCAACGCUCUACACCCGCAUCACCGGAGCUUGUCUAGAGAGCACGGCGAUGACGACUCGGCUGUCGAGUUAGACCGAGCAGAUGACGCAUCGACUACUGCCAUGAACGGCCUGGGACCACUAUCCAACGACAGCCUCUCUAGAAAGCUUCUGGGCGGUGGCAUCAGUCCUGGCUCACUGAGCCCUCUCUCCAAACGCAUCAAGGUGGAAAAAGACCUUGACCCCCCUACGCCAACCAUCCCAAACACAGAGAACGUCUAUUCUCAAUGGCUAGCUGGCUACGCCGCCUCCCGACAACUCAAGGACCCCUUCAUCAGUUUUACAGGUGGGGACUCCAGACAAUCACCCUUUACCUCCUCAUCCGAGCACUCGUCAGAAAACGGCAGCUUGCGCUACUCCACCCCACCCGGUGAACUCGACGGGGAACGGGCCCCUUCAGGACGGAGCGGCACGGGCAGCGGCGCCAGCACGCCGCACGGCGGCAGCGGAAACGGGCGGCCGAGCUCCAAGGACGGCCGCCGCAGCGACACCUGUGAAUUUUGCGGCAAGGUGUUCAAGAACUGCAGCAACCUGACGGUGCACCGACGCAGCCACACUGGAGAGCGGCCGUACAAGUGCGAGCUGUGCAGCUACGCGUGUGCCCAGAGCUCAAAACUCACCCGCCACAUGAAGACCCACGGACAGAUGGGCAAGGACGUGUACAAAUGUGAAAUUUGCCACAUGCCUUUCAGUGUGUACAGCACUCUAGAAAAACACAUGAAGAAGUGGCACAGUGACCGCCCUCUGGCUAAUGACAUUAAAACUGAAUAGGCAAAGAGCAGUUCUCUCUCCAAUCCCCUCCACCCCCCCAGCUAAAAAGCAACCCAGGCUUUGUAGCCAAUGAGCAAUGGGGAAAAGACAACAGGGUUAGACACCAGAAUGCCGUGCAGCCCUGCUCUCCAUCCCCUUCUGGAGAAAACUUGAUGCAUGAUCCAGUACUGGGCAAUACUAUUGCAUCAGAACUUUUUGAGCCUUUUUAUUGUGCAAUAAUUUACACAUUUUGUAUUUUUUGUAACUGGACAGCAUGCUUGGUGUGUUUUGGCUAUUUAAAGAGAAAAUUUGUCCUUAGCUGGAGGAUUUUUGGUUGUACAUGUGUUGCUGUUGAUACUUUUGAUUUUUCUCAGCAUAACAAAAAAGAAAAACAAAAAAAAACAAACAAUACAGUUAGUUAUAACCCAAGCUGCAUACAGUACAUACUGUUUUACAUAUCAUGUACAGCUUUGUGUUCAAACAUAGCAGACAGUGUCAUAUUGUCAAAACAUCAAGACGAGCAGGGUCAAACAUAAAACCAAUCUUUGUGAAAGAUUUUCCAUGCAACAUUGAGAUGAGAUAUAUAUCCAUAUGUAUAUAAAAUUGGGCUGCCUAUCAAAUGCUGGGCACUAGUUUAAAUAUUUCUUUUACAAACAUCAAUGAAACUAAACUAAUAAUGUGGUGUGACAUGACGAUAAAGAGUGCCUUGGAUAUUUUACCUGCAAUGGUUAAUUCUCCUUUUUGCUAUAAGCUCGGAGUUUCAGCUAUAAAUGAUUACAAUACACAGGAAGAUGCAGGUCCUUGCAUCAAGCACCUGCACAACCUGUUUUUUUUUUGUUUGUUUUUUUUUUUUUACUUUGCAAAACAUAGGGAACCAGCUGAAACAAACCUAGAAAAAAAUAAACUGAAUUUUGCAUAUCUCUGGUAAAUCGUUUAACUACCUGACUCAUGCAUAUUAAUGCGUUCAUGAUUACAAUUCUGUUUACUGGCAUGUUACAUGCUUAAAAGGGGUCAGAGGUUUCUGGUUUUGGUGUUUGUGUUUGGUACAACUGAGGAAAAAAAAAAAAAAGGUACUUUGACAAGUUGUUUUAACCAACAUGAAGCUCUUAAAGGUUCCAGAGUGAUUAUUUUCUUUGAAAAUUAAAAAUGCAAGUGUUAUUUUGUAAGCAGCACAGAUUUUUUUUUUUUCCUUUUGUGUUAGCCGCUCAGACUGUAAUGUCAGCAGUCGCUCGAAGAUAAAACGGGAUUUAGUCCUGGUGAUUCAGACAGAUUAUAGGUGAGUGAUUUGGUGGGUGGGUUUUAGAGCCUGACGGUAGAUGGACAGUAGAGAUGCACCAAUCACACCUUUCAUGUCUGUUACCUGUUGCUGGUUUUCUUUUGAGGUCUGACCUGCUGAUUCCGAUUUAGACAGAUUCCACUUUUUUUUUUUUUUUUGGUUUUUCCUCUCAGACCAUUGCACAUAAAAUAGAAAAAAAAAACAAAGUGCUGUUAAUUCUUUGACGCAUUAGUUUUGAAUCCAUCUGAAAAUGCAUCAAAUCAUUGAACCCUAAUCUUGAUCUCAUUUAAAAAGAAAGGCAUUAACAGUGUGGCUUAUAGACUGAAAAUGGUUUGAGGAUUUAUGGUGGACAUUUUUUAGUAGUUUUACUUGUGGAAAAUUGGUCUAUUCUGGUUUCUGGUCAACUGAUUAAGGCGUCUGCAAUGAUUGGGUUUAACAAGCGUCAGGAGGCCUUUGGUGACUUUUGUAAGGAAGUGUGAGGGUGGGUGAUUGGUAGAAAGCCACCCUCAGUUAUUUAUUUUUUUUCUGGCCGAUAAUGAUUUCAUUAUUUUUUUUUUUUUUUCGACUAUUCAUCUACAAUUUUGACAGCUCAUGUUUUUUCUACAGACAAAAAGCAUAACAAAGAAACAGUUAUGUUACAGGCCCUGGAGAAUUGAAAAAAAGAAAAUGCAGCACUUAUCUCCAUGAAAGCAUCAAAGCACAUGUCUGUAACCCUACGUCUGAUUUCAG